AUGGAAAAUGAUUCUAACUCAGAAAUAUCUUUCAAUAAUGCUGUUCAGUAUUUUAAAAUUGACAGUCAAACAGGUAGUGUUUUCUUGAUUAAACGAUUAGACUAUGAACAGAAUGAUUUACUACGUUUUAAAAUACUCGAUGUUAAUGACAAUGGACCAAAACUUAUUAGUUCUGAUACAUUGAGUGUUGUUGAACACGCACCGAUUGGUACAGACUUGGGUUUAAUUAAAUUUACCGAUCCUGAUACCGGUUCAGGUGGUCAAAUUGCACACAUUAGCCUUCUUAAAGGAUUACCAGUGGAAAAUGCAAGCGAAAAAUCAUCAUUACAAAAUAAAUGUAACCGUAACGAUGAAAGCCAUAGGUAUUUUAAAUUGGCAGAGAAUGGACACUUAUUAACGCUGCAAUCGAUUGACAGAGAAGAAUGUCCAACAAUAGUUUUGUACAUUCUUGCUAUUGAUCGAGGCCUAUCAAAUCCAAUGACGAGUACAUCUACACUAACUAUUCACGUGGUCGACAUCAAUGAUAACAGUCCAGUUAUCGUAAAACCAAUAUUAGGUCAGACAAUAAUAUACCAACCGAUUAAAUUACAAAAUUGGGAUACGAUAACAUUUUAUCAAAUUGACACUAAACAGGAUAAAAUAAUAAAUCGUAAACCACUGAAUAAUACAUAUUUGAAACAAAAUAUAAAUGACAAGAUGCUAAGGAAGUAUAUCUAUUCACGAAUUGCAUUUCAUAUACAAGCAAAUGAUUUAGAUAUCGGUGAAAAUGGACGUAUUACUUAUACGCAAAACAACAGUUGCAAUGGUUCAAAAUAUUUUCAUUUAGAUGAAAAUACUGGAGAGUUUCGUGCAAGAUUUAUUGAUUAUCAAAGUUAUCAAAUCCUAAAUCGAUCGAAUCAGACUCUAGACGUGGAAUUUAUCUUCUAUGUGUCCAAUUAA